AUGGACAAGUCGGCGCUGUCUACGAUCAUCGUGCUGCUGUUCUUGCUUGCAGCCCAAGCACAUGCCCUCGAGUGUCAAGAGAUCACCAUGCCGUCACGCGCUCAUGGCUUUGUCUCGACCAUUCAGACCGAGGAAGACCUAGUGCGCGAUGCUGGAAGAGAAUUGCAAAGCACGACAAGCAGUUACGAAGGCCAUGAUGCCAAGAACGUGGGGGCUGCUCGCAGUGCCGUUCGAUGCAGCGAACCCGAGUCAUCGACUACAACCUCGAGCACGAACAGAACCGCAUCGGAUGCCGCCGAGCCUCCCCAGCUCACCAGAGCUCGGUCGCCCACGUUGGUAUCCUCAAGCAUCAACGAAGUCAAUGUUACAUCCAAUGUAGCCACGCGAUUUCAAGACAGCAACGAGACCGUGAUUGGCUCACGCUCCGAAUCCGGCGUUAGCACUGUGGGGACCGUCAAGUUGAACUCAACGGCAGCACCUCAAGCCUCUGUCUCGUCCAGCACGCCGCUCCCUUCCUCCCCAGUCUAUAAGAUCGCCAACAGUCAACCUGAAGAAGCUGCACCAACAGUCGAUGAUAACAUUCCCUAUCACUCGAGCAAGACUCUGGAUCCUUCCAUCGAGCGGAUGCCCGUCAAAAGCAGCUUUCUCGAGCUCUCGAGCUCUCCCACCCAAGUCGAAGAUGGCGGCGCACGGACCUCCGUCUCCAGUCCCACCAGCAAAGAGACAGUGUCAACAGGGAAAGCGUCAGUAGCCGACCAGUCUGCCAGCAGCGCGCAGACAAAAGUCGAUCCGAGAGGCUCCACGUCCAGUUCCUCUUCAGCGACCAACCUGCUCUUCUACUCGUGCCUCGUGGUGGGCGUUGCAGGUCUCGUUGGGGCCGUUCUUGCGUACAGUAUCGAGUGGCGAGCAGGUGCAAAGGACAGCGACGGGACGUCAAUGCACGCAACGACGUGGCCGUCGCGCCCCAGCGAAGUGCACGUUGUCAUGGACGGUCGCAACUUUGCCAUUUUAUAA